AAUAAAUAAAUAGUGACGUAAACAACCCAUCCCAUUAAAAAUGCACCCAACGAUUCUACGAGUCCCACAAUGAAUGAAUGGAGGUGCAGCGCAGAAUCGACGGUAGUUUGUAGUGUUGUACGAUUGUUUCGAGUUUCCUCCUAUCGCACGUUUGUACGACCAAAGCUCCAGUCAACACGCUACCAACCAAUGUAACAAAACAGAAAAAAAAUACAUUGUGCCGAAAAAUGUUCGAUGGUUUAUCGAAAGAAGAAAAAAAGAACUUCUUGUCGCAAACGCACGACAACUUCAUUCCCGGGUAUACGGGCCACUGUCCCACCUUGAAGUUUCAGUAUGGGAGGUGCUAUGGGACGAACACUAAGGAGAUUCUAAAGGAGCUACGCACCAAGAAAAUCUUCCAAGGAGUACAAAAAGACAAAUACCGGGCGCAGGACUACCGAACCCCGAUUUUAGAGCCCAUUGUGAAAAGCAAAGGACAAUUUAGGGACUACUACGCGGUCGAUUUUAAACACAAAGCCCCCAAGUACAUCACGGGCUACACCGGAUUUAUCCCGACUCUGAAUUUCCGGUAUGGCAAAUCGUACACCAGAGCAGCCGACGACAGUACAUACGAGUCCGAAACCAACAAACACAGAAGGAUCCAAAUGGCCCAGGACGAAAUCAACAAAAUAUUCAGGGCGCAAAGUGCCCCGAAAAUGAUCUCCAUCCGAAGCGAAGAUGAAGUCAAAAGAACUCUGAACGAGUACAUCGAAAGAAAUAAGUUUCAUGAACAUAAGAUUUCUCCGGAAUAUCCUCCCAUAGCGGGUUAUACAGGCCACAUUCCGCGGGUCAAAGGUAACGAAGAAUCCCUCUCCCAGCGGUACAACACCGUGGUGAAAAGAGGACUGACUUUACUCCAAAACGAGCGCGAACGCACCCACAGUUUGAAGAAAGCUCAAAACCAAGUAGCCGGAGUCUUACAAGACUACGAAGAUCUUCACAAAUCGGUCGCCGUCGAAGCUUCGUAGUAUUGCUUCAGUAAUACUACGGAAGCACGAAGUAGAGCUUUGGUAUCUCACGCCCGUGAAGUACCUCAAGCGAAAUGUACAUACACACCUACGUUUUUGUUAAUUUUUAUUGUUAACAUUAACGGUACAAAAAUAAA